AUGUCCGAGAAGGCAGCCAAACAACUCGACCACGAUCCAGAAAAGGGCGAGCCUCUUGCUCCAGUACGCACGCUUGAUCCCAGAGGAUCGAUCAUAAAUAUUGGGACUCUCAGACUCGAUCCCGCCGGCAGUGCUCUUAUUCCUCCUCCCACCAGCGACCCACUGGAUCCUCUCAACUGGUCUCAGCCCCAAAAAUACGCUUGCAUCUCGAUAGUCUGCUUCUUCUACUUCCUCUUCACCUACCAGACCACCGCACCAAUCCCGUCAUUCGCCUUAUUGCAAGAGCAAUUCCACGCCACCUACACCCAAGUGAACUGGACUUUUGCGAUCCCGUCUCUUGGUCUGGCCCUGGGACCGCUGUUCUGCUCCGCCCUCGCAGACAUCUACGGCAGAAGGAUUGUCAUCAUCGGCGGAACUUGCAUUGCGUUGGUGGCAAGUGGUUGCACCUCGAUCCAUGGGAUAAGUCUUCAUGGCUACAUGAUUGCGCGCUUCUUCCAGGGUUUCGGUGCGAGCCCUGCUGCGACGGUUGGGUUGAGCAUCAUCAAUGAUGUUUCCUUCGAGCAUGAACAAGGCUUUAGGAUUGGGCUUUGGGUUAUGGCUAUUGAUCUAGGUGGACUGUGUGGUGGUUUCAUCGGAGCUUUCAUUGCCACGAUUGAUCAAUACUGGAUCGCAUACCACGUUACGAUUCUGUUCGCAGCGCUAUUGGCAGCAGAAUGUUUGUUCCUCCCAGAGACCCUCUUUCCCCGCGCGCUAGUGCUGGCAUCAGAGGAAGGAGCUCUAGGGAACCAUAACCAAGAAGCCCUGUCCGCUGAAACCUCGAAAAUCAAAAGAACAAAGGAGCUUGGAUACUUGAGUGUUAGAAAGAUCCCUGGCGUGAUCCACCCGAAGCCGUGGGACACCAUCAUCCGCGCUACGAAGAUAUUCGCCUACCCAACCGUCGUCAUCAGCACCUUCUCGUUUGUCUUUUUUCAGUACUGGUGGAUCUGCUCCCUCCUCACGAUGGAGCCCGCAGCAUACGCAACCUACAAACUGCAAGUCCAAGGUCUCUUCUUCCUCGGCCUCAUCCUCGGGACCGUCAUCGCCGAGGUCUUCUUCUCUGGACGACUGAGCGAUUGGUUGGUAAUGUUCCUCGCGAAGCGGAACAACGGUCAAAGGACUCCUGAGAUGCGGUUGUGGAUGGGUUAUCCCGCUGCCGUGUUGUCGAGCUUGGGGUUGUUGAUUUGGGGGCUGAGUAUUGACAAAGAGUGGCAUUGGAUUACUGGGCAGAUUGCGUUCUUCUUGUAUGGCGCGGGCCUGCAGAUUGGAAAUACAGCGCUGUCGAGCUAUAUCGUCGACAGUUAUUACGAACAUGCCAUGGAUAUCAUCACCUUUUAUACGGUUAUCAUCAACCCUUCUGCCUUCGCGGAGCCGUGGUUCAUAAAUACUUGGGUUGAGUCGUCGGGUAUGUUCAUUCAGUCUUCUAAUCUUUUUCUACACACCAUGUCACUGACGCCUGGAAAUAGGAUAUACCUGGUCCUUUGCCGUGCAAGCUAUAAUCUGCACCUUCGGCGUGAUCCCAACCUAUGUCAUCCUCCAGAAGUUUGGCCCCAAGUGGCGAAAGCCAAUGACGCUUGGAAAAGCCGAGACCACAGACUCCUUAGUUGA